AUGGCGGGGAAAGUGGUGGACGAGGUUUCCGCGUCUCUGCGCGGCAUGGAUGCUGGUCCUGAUGCUGCGGAGGAGAGGGGGCUGGAAUCAGGGGCAGCGAUGGUUUUUAAGGAGGAACCGGUGGGGGAGGAUGAGGACGGUGAUCUUCAGUUUCCAGAAAGUGCCACACCUGAACUGGGCGACUUGGCGCAGUACGUGGCAACUUUACGCGUGCGUCCCGCGGCGCUCGGCAGCAGGUUUUCAGGGGAUUCUGGGAGUUCGGAGGGUCCGUGGACGCCAGGUGACGUCAUCAGCGCGGCGGGCGCGGACACCACGUGCGGGUCACCUGCGGAGUCGCCCAGUAUUUACGCGGGAGGAGGAGGCGGAGACGGAGACGCCGCCAUGGCGCACGGCCAGCCCGACCUCAGCCACAUGUACGCGCCCCCCCACCCUCACCCUCACCCGCACCCACACCCAAACCCGCCCUACCCGUGCGGGGCAGACAUGUACCAGGACCCGGGGGUGGGGGGGUACCUCUCGGCCCCCUACCACCCCCCCCAGAACUACGGCUCCCCCAAGCCGUGCGCGGACGGCGCGGCGCUGCUGUCGCUGGUGCCGGACUAUGGCGGCUUCUACCCGCAGGGCGGCCCCAGGGACCCCCAGGGGGCCCCCAAGUCCCUGUCGUACCCCCUGGACCCCCUCCGGGGCCCCCAGGGGGCCCCCAAGUCCCUGCCGUACCCCCUGGACCCCCUCCGGGGGCCCCCGCCCCUCACGCCCCUCAACACCAUCAGGAACUUCACACUCGGCGCGCCCUCGGCGGCCACCGACGGCCCGCUGGUCGCCGCCUUUCCCGGCCACCACAACCUCCCCCUCAGGCCCAUCCUGAGGCCCCGGAAGUAUCCGAACCGGCCCAGCAAGACCCCCGUGCACCAGCGGCCGUACGCGUGCCCAGCAGAGAGCUGUGACCGGCGCUUCUCGCGCUCGGACGAGCUGAGCCGCCACCUGCGCAUCCACACCGGCCACAAGCCCUUCCAGUGCCGCAUCUGCAUGAGGAACUUCAGCCGCAGCGACCACCUGACCACGCACAUCCGCACGCACACCGGGGAGAAGCCCUUUUCCUGCGCGCAGUGCGGGAGGAGGUUCGCGCGCAGCGACGAACGGCGACGGCACAUGAAGAUCCACCUGCGGCAGAAGGAGAAGAAGACCGCCGCGUCCUAA